CGCACAGCGUUAUCAGCACGUCCAGCUCAGCAUCAGUCCGCAAUCCAAUCUCAAAGUAAACACAACGUAUCGGAGACAUACGUACUCACUCACACACACACACACACACACACCCACACAUAUGUUGCCCAGUGGUGGUGUUUUUCUGGGCCUGCUGCUCUGCCUGUGCUGCUCCUGGCAUGUGAGCCAGGCCGAUGUGGCUAAGCUCGUUUGUUUCUACGACGCCUCGAGUUUUGUCCGUGAAGGCCCUGCACAACUAUCGCUCAGUGAACUGGAGCCAGCUUUAAAUUUUUGCAACUUUCUGAUUUAUGGAUAUGCGGGCAUCGAUGCGGAAAGCUUUAAGAUCAAGAGUCUCAAUCCGGAGCUUAGCUAUAACCGGCAGCAUUAUGCUCAUAUAACGGCGCUGCGCCAAAAGUUUCCCCAUCUGCGCAUUCUGCUCUCGGUGGGUGGUGAACGGGAUCUUAAUGUCGAGGGCGUGGCAGACACUGGGAAAUAUCUGAGCCUGCUCGAGGAGGCGGACAGCCGCAACAAAUUCAAGUCCAGCGUCAACGCUGAACUGGCCAAAUAUGGCUUCGAUGGCCUCGAUCUGGCAUGGCAGUUUCCCCAGGUCCGGCCCAAGCAGCAGCAGGGCGCCUUGAAGCGUGCGUGGAAUUCGUUCAAGGGCUGGUUCAGCAGCUCCGCUAUCGAUCCCACGGCCGAGGAGCACAAAGCGCAAUUUGCAACGCUUGUGCGAGAGCUGCGCUUGGAAUUGCAGCGCAAUGGCAAACUGCUAACCCUUACCAUGUUGCCACAUGUGGAUGCCGAACUUUACAUAGAUAUUCCCUCGGUGAUGAGCUUUUUGGACUUUGUCAACUUGGGCACCUAUGACUUCCAGACGCCAUACCGUGAUCCGAAGCAAGCGGAUCUGCCAACGCCAUUGUGUGCCAUGUCCGAUCGGGAUUCCACACUGAAUGUCCAAUAUCAGGUGGAUUACUGGCUGAAUCACACAGCCAAUGCACAGCAGCUGAACAUUGGGAUCACUAGCUAUGGACGCGCCUGGCAAAUGAGCCGCGACUCCGGCAUCACAGGCUUUCCACCCAUUGAGGCUACGGAGGGCGCUGCACCCGCUGGUAAACGCACGGGCAUUCCCGGCUUGAUGAGCUGGCCCGAGAUCUGUGAACUGCUGCAGCAUCAUCUCGGCGGGGGCAAGGACACGAGCACAGAUCAUCUUCGCAAGGUAGGCGAUCCAACGAAACGCUAUGGCAUCUAUGCAUAUCGGGCGGUGGGUGAAAAUGGUGAGUCCGGUGUCUGGGUAGGUUACGAGGAUCCUACAACGGCGGCUAUUAAGGCCAGCUAUGUUCAGGCUAAGAACUUGGGUGGCGUAGCCUUCCAUGAUCUGUCGCUGGAUGAUUUUCGUGGCCAGUGCGCAGGCGAAAAGUAUCCAAUUCUGCGAAGCGUUAAGUAUAAGUUAUGAGAUCUUGAAAUCAAUCAGCAAAGUAUACAUCUGAAUAUGUAGAUGAUUUUGAAACAACUUAUGGAUUUUAUAAAGCAUAUAUGUAUCUCUUAUAAUAAAUGUAUGGAAUUCUCUACUUUCAGAGAAAAUCUCCGUUUUAAAAUUUC